AUGAAUUCAAGUCCUUCAUUCCAACCACCAAGUCCCAUCCCUCCGCGCACCAGCUCCGCCGGCGUUACAAAUGGCAGUCCUCCCGCCACGCGGCACCGCCUGUCGGACGGGGACCCCGCCUCGCUGAAACUGAAGCACAAACGCAACAAGUCCAGCGUCGACGGAACAAAGUACAAGGAUGGAACAUGGUCGUCUAAGAACGAGAAGAUCCUGAUGGGUCCCUAUGACUAUAUGCACGAACACCCGGGCAAGGAUGUGCGGCGGCAGCUCAUCCACGCCUUCGAUUCUUGGUUGCGGGUCCCGCCGGAGAGCCUUGCUAUCAUUACCAAGGUUGUGACGAUGCUGCAUACGGCAUCUCUGUUAAUCGACGACGUCGAAGAUAACUCAGUCCUCCGACGCGGCAUCCCCGUCGCGCACAACAUCUUUGGCACAGCGCAGACCAUAAACUCAGCCAACUACGUCUACUUCCUCGCCUUACAAGAAGUCCAGCAACUCCACAACCCAGCCGCCAUCGACAUCUACGUCAAGGAACUACUGAAUCUGCACCGGGGCCAGGGCAUGGACCUAUUCUGGCGCGACACGCUGACUUGCCCAACCGAGGACGAGUACCUGGAGAUGGUGGGCAACAAGACGGGCGGGCUUUUCCGACUGGCCGUCAAGCUGAUGCAGGCCGAGAGCGCAACAGGCAAGGACUGCGUGAGCCUAGUAAACGUCAUGGGCCUGAUUUUCCAGAUCUGCGACGACUACCUCAACCUCUCCAACACCACGUACACGCACAACAAGGGCCUUUGCGAGGAUCUCACCGAGGGCAAAUUCUCGUUCCCCAUCAUCCACAGUAUCCGCUCCAACCCCGGCAACCACCAGCUCCUCAGCAUCCUGAAACAGAAACCCACCGACGAGGAGGUCAAGCGCUAUGCCGUGCAAUAUAUGCAGACUACCGGCAGUUUCUCUCAUACCCGUCAGGUUGUCCGAGAGCUGCGUGAUCGGGCCCUGUCGCUGAUCGAGAUGAUCGACGCCACGCCCCGCAUCAACGGCGCCGGAGACGGGGCCAUGGUGCGUGCCAUUCUUGAGAAAAUCGUGCAGACUACCCUGUCGGAUCCCUCGGCACAAUAG